CCACCGUUCAUCUCAUUUCUCGCCUUUCCUUUCCACCAUCAAAACAAAACAACAGUCACCCUCCAUUUGAAUCUCCACUGCCUUUUGGGAAAGAAGGAGAGAGAGAGAGAGAGAGGCCAUGUUUGCCAAACGCCUUCUGCAGAAGGCCAUGCCCCAUCAGUAUAAUGUGCAACAUGGGCUUCUGACCCCAACAGACUUGGAUCCACGAAUUGCUUACCACUAUGGUAUACCGUCUACUGCAUCUGUUUUGGCUUUUGACCCCAUCCAGCGCCUCUUGGCUAUCGGUACAUUGGAUGGUAGAAUAAAAGUGAUUGGUGGUGAUAAUAUUGAAGGUCUUCUCAUAUCUCCAAAGAAGUUGCCCUACAAAAGUUUAGAGUUCCUACAUAAUGAAGGAUACCUUGUAAGCGUCUCAAACGAAAAUGAUAUCCAGGUUUGGGAUCUGGAACAAAGGCGUGCUGCUGAUUGUUUAGAGUGGGAUGCCAACAUAACUGCUUUUUCCGUAAUUCAGGGAACCUAUUUCAUGUAUGUUGGAGAUGAGUAUGGGCUGCUGUCUGUAGUGAAAUAUGAUACUGAAGAAGGAAAGCUUUUGCGGUUGCCGUAUUACGCUCCUGCAAAUGUUAUUGCUGAAGCAGCUGGCAUUUCGUUGCCAAAUAAUCAAUCUAUUGUUGGAAUUCUCCCACAACCUUGUACCUCUGGGAAUAGAGUGCUAAUUGCGUAUGAGAAUGGGCUUAUUGUUCUGUGGGAUGUUUCUGAGGCUCGGGUUGUACUUAUGAGAGGCUAUACGGAUCUCCAAUUGAAGGAUGAGGGAAUGGUUGGUUCACCAAGCAAAGUGGGUGACGAACUCGGGGGCCAUUCAUCCGAUUAUGCAGAGGAGAAAGUCAUAUGCUCACUUUGUUGGGCAUCAACUUGUGGGUCCAUUCUUGCUGUGGGUUACAUAGAUGGAGAUGUAUUGUUGUGGAACAUUUCAUCUAGUUUAUCCACAAAAGGCCCACAAGUGGGAGUACCAUCUAAUAAUGUCGUUAAGCUACAACUGUCUUCUGGAGAGCGAAGGCUCCCUGUCAUUGUCUUACAUUGGUCUCCAAUUAGUAAAUCUUAUAAUGACCGUGGGGGGCAACUUUUUAUUUAUGGUGGUGAUGAAAUAGGAUCAGAAGAAGUCCUCACAGUUUUGACUCUGGAAUGGUCAUCUGGGAUAGAGACUUUAAGAUGCAUUGCUCGUGUGGACCUUACUCUUAAUGGAUCUUUUGCAGACAUGAUUUUAAUAAAUUCCGAGAGAACGGAGUAUAAUUCCACCGCUGCUCUCUUUGUAUUGACGAACCCUGGACAAUUGAAUGUAUAUGAUGGUUCUAGGUUAUCUAAGGUGACAUCUGAGGAGGAGAAGGCUUCCAUUCGUGCAGAGCAAUUUCCAUUGACAAUACCUACUGUUGAUCCAUGUAUGACUGUGGCAAAGCUCAUCUUACUAUCCUCAGAUAGGAACUCUUCAAAGGCUCUCUUAGAGAUGUCCUCAGCUAUGAAAUCUGUAGCAGCACAUACUCUUUCUGCAGGAAUGAAGUGGCCUUUGACUGGAGGCGUUCCCAGCCCUUUGUCCGUUGCUGAUGAUAUUGGUGUCAAGAGACUAUAUAUAUCAGGCUACCAAGAUGGAUCUGUACGAGUAUGGGAUGCCACAUAUCCAGUCCUGUCACUUGUAUCUGUAUUGGGAGGGGAGGUACCAGGUAUCAACGUGGCUGGCAUAAGUGCUCCAGUAUCAGCGCUGGACUUCUGUUCCAUCACUAUGAGCUUGGCUGUUGGAAACGAAUGUGGUCUGGUUUGUGUCUAUAAACUUUGUGAGAGUUCCAAUGAAAAAAAUUGUCACUUUGUGACUGAAGCUAAACACGAAGUUCACAUUACGAAUCAUGGAAAAGGAUUUUGUUGCAUGGCGGUAAUUUCGAUCCUAAAUUUGCCCAUCCGAACAUUUCACUUUGCAAAUUCUGGAGCCAAACUUGCUGUGGGUUUUGAACGUGGUCAGGUAGCAAUGCUUGAUGUGGGUUCAUUCUCCAUUAUGUUUCAUACAGACUGUGGUUCUGGCUCGAGUUCCCCUGUCAUCUCUGUUGUUGCGAAAGAAUUGUCACAUAUUGAUAGCCUAGUCAACAGUCCAAAGCACAAGGAACCCAAAAGUCCAAGGGACCAGGAACCCAAAAGUCCAAGGGACCAGGAACCCAAAAGUCCAAGGGACCCUGCUGAGGGUGUUCUGUUUAUUUUAUUCAGGGAUGCAUGUAUUGUCACUAUUGAUAGUCUUACUGGUAAAAUGACCUGCUCUCGACCAUUGCACCCGAAGAAAGAGUCAACUGCAAUUUCCAUGUAUGUCAUAGAUGGAAGUAUUUCAGUCUCUGGUGUUACAAGUGAAAAGAAACCACAGCAGUUUUCCCAGGACCAUGACAUCGAAAAGGGAUCUGAUCAAACUAAGAGUCCGGGUGGAAAUAAACAACAAGAAGUUGAACUACACUCCUCCGAUGGAACUACAUGUUCAGCAGAGGGAUUAUCAAAUACACUUAUUUUACUCUGUUGUGAGGAUGCAUUGCGCCUGUACACUUUAAAAUCAGUGAUGGAGGGAGACGGCAAAGCCAUCCGUAAAGUGAAAUUUGUAAAGCCAUGUUGUUGGUCAACAACCUUUAAGACGAAGAAUGAGAAAGCAUGUGGACUGGCUUUACUGUAUCAGACUGGAGUGCUUGAAAUAAGGUCUUUGCCAGAUUUAGAAGUGGUAGGAGAAAGCUCUUUAAUGUCAAUUCUAAGAUGGAGUUUCAAGGCUAAUAUGGUUAAAACUAUGAGUUCUGCUGAUAGCGGGCAGAUUACAUUGGUAAAUGGGUGUGAAUUGGCUUUCAUCUCUCUUUUGGCUGUUGAAAAUGACUUCAGGAUUCCAGAUUCACUGCCCUGCCUUCAUGAUAAAGUUCUUGCAGCUGCUGCUGAUGCUGCAAUUAAUGCCUCUUUAUAUCAGAAGAAAAAGCAGGGUUCUAGCCCAGGGAUUCUUGGUGGUAUCAUCAAGGGAUUUAAAGGGGAAAAGGCGGGGCAUACGACAGAUCUUACUGGAAGUCUUCUUAAAUAUAGUACUAUCGAGGAUCUGGAGAGCAUAUUUUCAAGGGUUCCAUUCUCUGUCCCAUCCAUGGCUCUCACUGAUGAUCUAGGUGGUGUGGAACUUGACAUAGAUGACAUUGAAAUUGAUGAAGCCUCACCCACUGCACCAGCUUCAUCUUCGAUAGGAAAACAUGAUAGAAGAGAUGAGGAAACGGAGAGAGAGAAAUUGUUCCAUGGAACAGCUAGUGACAUGAAGCCCAGAUUAAGAACAGCUGAAGAAAUCAGGGCCCAAUAUAGAAAGGCUGGGGAUGCCUCCUCUGUGGCGGCAGAUGCAAGAGACAAGCUCGUUCAGCGUCAGGAAAAGCUUGAGAGGAUCAGCAGACGUACUGCAGAGCUUGAAAGUGGGGCAGAGAACUUUGCAGCAAUGGCAAAUGAACUUGUCAAAACCAUGGAAGCUCGGAAAUGGUGGAAGCUAUGACAAGCCAGCAUCAUCUACAAAUGGCUGGGUUUGUUUACGAGUAUCCAUUCAGGUCCUCAAUUACAGUUCCUCUGCUCGCGCACUUCAGAUUUAUGUGAAGGCCAUGGAUUAUUCUCCGAUUCUGCAAUCAAAUGUAGUUUCAUGGCUUGUACUGUUCAGAUGGGUUUGGAAAUGUUUGUUUCAAGAAUGUAAAUUUGUGUAACUUAUCAAAACUCAUGAUAGUUAACUUCUCAAAGCCACUACCAAAGGUGAUUAUCUUUCUAUUUGAUUCUCAAGGCCAUUGUAUCCCAUAUCUUGUUUUGUCGAUGUCUGUAUUUUGCUGUCAAAUGUAUCAAAUACAAAUGGUUUUGACAAGGGAAAAAGAAAUUUAUUUUCAGUGAAAUGGUAAUUCAUAGCA